CUCUCCCUCAUGCCCCCGCCCGCUGCUCCCGUCCUCCUCUUCCCUCCUCCUCCACAUCCACCCUGAGCAUCAUCCUCAUCCUCUUCCUCACUGCUGAGGCGAGCGGACCGCGCUGAACCUCCGAGCCCAGAAGAGAGACGCGGGGACUCAUUCAUGGAGAUAAAAUAGAGUUCAUAGUGUUUUUCCUGUUUUAUUAUUUUUAUUUAUUUGCUUUUGUUUCUCUGAGCGCGACCCGGCGGUGAGCGGACUCACAUCAACAUGGCUGAGGAGAUGACCAGUCUGCGGGCGGGAUACGAGGUGUCCCCGGUGUUGGCGGGAUUCCUCGGCGCUGGCGUCUUGGUGGUCACGGUGGUCGUGGCCAUCUUCCUGUGGACAUGUUGCCAGCGUCACUAUCGCAGAAUGUCUGGCUCGUUUAAACUGAACAGUGGCCCCUACGACCCUCCUGUGGACCCCCCCUACAAGUUCAUCCACAUGCUGAAGGGCAUCAGCAUCUACCCAGAGACGCUCAGCAACAGCAAGAAGAUCAUAAAGGCAGGCCGGUGGCGAUCGGGCCUGGGGCCGUUGUCAAGGCAGCGUGGUCACUGUGGCACGCUGCUGGUGGAUGCAGACCCUGAAUGCGCGGCUCAGCUGCAGAUGAACCAUCUGGUUCCUCCUACUGGUCCACCGCGCCUAGAGAGGGCACUGCCCAUCCGCGCUGAUUAUUGCUGUAUGGAAAGCAGCUCGGCCAGCAGCAGCUGUGAAUCAGCCAGCAAGACUCCAACCCCAUUCAGCCUCAGCUCGCUCUCUCUGGGCACCCUCAGCCUCGCCAUUGAUUAUAACUUCCCCAAGAAGGCCCUGGUGGUCACCAUUUUGGGCGCAAGUGGUCUCCCGGCUGUAGACGAACAAACAGGAAGCUCCGACCCGUACGUGAAAAUGACGAUUCUACCAGAGAAGAAGCACAGAGUGAAGACCCGAGUGAUGAGGAAGACUCUGGAGCCGGCCUUCGACGAGACCUUCACUUUCUAUGGCGUCCCAUACAGCUCUCUGCCUGAGCUGACACUCCACUUCCUGGUGCUGAGCUUUGACCGGUUUGCACGAGAUGACGUGAUCGGGGAGGCAGCCGUGUCGUUAGAAGGCGUGGAUCCGAGCACAGGAAAAGUGCACAUCACUCAGAACAUCACCAAGAGGAACAUACAGUGUGGUAGUCGUGGGGAGUUGUUGGUGUCUCUGUCGUACCAGCCUGCCACUCACAGACUGAACGUUGUGGUGCUGAAAGCCAAACACCUGCCCACCAUGGACAUCACAAGCCUGCCAGGCAAUCCAUACGUUAAAGUGAACGUGUUUUACGGGCGCCGACGCAUCGCUAAGAAGAAGACUCACGUGAAGAAGUGCACGCUGAACCCCGUCUUUAACGAGUCCUUCAUCUAUGACGUCCCCGCCGAGCUCAUGCCUGACAUCUCCAUAGAGUUCCUGCUCAUCGACUUUGACCGCACCACCAAGAAUGAGGUGGUAGGCCGGCUGGUCCUGGGCGGUCAGAGCCCCACUCCGUCAGGCGUCACACACUGGAGGGAAGUGUGUGAUAACCCGCGGCGGCAGAUUGCCAAAUGGCACAACCUGGCGGAGUACUAAUGGAGAAAAUGGAGUGUGUCCUACAUCACAUUAUUGUAACCUCCUAGAGCAGUGAUCCAGGACUCUUCAGGACGCUCUGGCUCUGCAUAUUUUAGUGUUUUCUCUCUGCUAACACAACUGAGCCAGCUCAGGAGAACCUGAAGAAGGAUUUCACUUAUGUACAGUGUAUUAAUUAGCUGUUUAGACUUUUAUUGGUGUGUAAAGCAGCGAAAAGGCUAAUGUAGCUUACAAAAAGUGGAAGCCUAAUCCCCACCAAUGGGAAAACUAUGGAGUUUCUUAAACUGGAUGCUAGAUUGUUGUCAAUAAACGUAUAUAUAAAGCAUGGUAGAUGCUAAAGCAGUCUUUAGCUGGGCUAAUGCAGUAAUGUACCUUAGCCUGUAUUUACAGACAACAAUAAUUUCAGAACAGUUUCAGACAAAAGAACACACGAAUAAAAAGUGAGUCUAUUAGAGAUUAUUAAUAAACAACUCCACAUGGUUUGAGGAAAAAUGUGAGAUGAUUUAGUCACGAAAUUAGCACCAUGCUAACCAUUCUUAUCAUUAGCAUCAUAUUUGCAGUGUAAAUGUACAGAAGCCAAAUUUACAAGCCCAUUUUUGACCUAUGUACAUACAUUUAUUUUGUAUAUCUGAUAUAUUUUUUGUCUUUAAAACUCUGAUCAAUUGGAUUAGGUGUGUUAGUAAAGAGAAAACAUCAAACAUGUGCAGCACAGAGACAAGAAAACCCAGAUAACAAACCCUCUCUUCCCCUCGCGACCCAACAUUGGCAGGUGUGUGUGUGUGUACAUGUGUAAACAUACUGCACUGGACCAUCUGCACUCCCUGCUAAGGAGCAGUCUGAUCAAACCAGUUGGAAAGGACUUUGGAGAUUCAUUUGCAAAAAAACUAAAAAAAAACAACAACAAAAAAACAAACUGUUUUUCUCGACUUAUUUAUCUGAAUAUAUCCAUAUCAAUAAGAGACUGUCUGCGGUUCUGGUUCUAUCCUAUGGCUUCGGCUUUGGCCAAUAAGAAACUAAAGAAGAAGGAGCUGAUGUUCAAAUCUGAAUCUGAAGAAGCUGCACCUGUCCUUCAGUGCUGUCUACCUGCAUACAGGUGCAUCUUCAAACCUGUUCUGUUGAGCUGCAUGCCAGAACAAACAAAGACGUGGUUCAUUUCUGUGGUUUGAGUAACAAAAAAAAGAGAGAGAAUACUGCUUAAAAAAACUAAACUCACUGUAGUGAAUAGGGCUGGGUAUCGAAAUUCAAUACUUUUAUAGCAGUGACUGAAUUACUGAAAUUAUGAUGCGUGUCAUUCAGUAUUCAGUACUAUCAGUCUUAGCAGCAUCUCUGAGCCGGUGAGCAAAAAUCCAGACCGUUGAUCGACGGUCUGAAUUACAUUACAUUACACUUGCAGGUAAUUAACGCCAACACUUCUUGAUGAGUCUGCAGGUCAGUAAACACACUCACUUCCAGUAUCUCACACUCAGUUUUGCUUUAAGCCAUGCCCGUUUUGGGUCUGUAGAGGAAAACAAGCGUGUGGUUCAGGUAUCAGUAUCAAUGUCAACGUGUCUGUAUUGGUAUCUAAAUGUUGAUGCCCAGCCCUGGAGAUGGAAACACCCAUUCCCUUCAUUUCACAAAUGUUGUCAUGCUACAUUUGAUAAUGCUAACGCUAAUGCUAAUGGGAGCUGAUUGUGUUGAGUGGGUAACAGGGAUAGUGAUAUAUUUGCAAGACCAAUGAAUAUGUGAUUUUGAUUUUGAUCAGACGUUUGUUACUCUAGACAAAAAAAGACGAUAACAUCGACAAAGGAAUCUUUUUUUUUUAAUUGCAGACAUAUUAAUAUGUAUUAAUACCCAAAACAUGUAUUUUUAAUACAUUUCUUUUGUUGCAAACAUUGAUAUCACAUCCAAAAAAAAUUACUUAUUCCUUUUUUUGCUUUCUUUAUAUUUGAUUCGGAGCAAAACCUCACUUAAAUGUAAAAAAAAAUCAAGCAUAGAAAACUGUUAAUUAUCCAAGUGUGCUCAUCAGUGCCUCGCCAACAUCGUGUUGCCACGGCAACUUUAUCAUCUAGCACAUUAAAAGCAGUAGUCUGCCAAAGACUAAAUAUACAAGCAUUGGCUGUAGGUGCUGUUUCUCAGGCAGGGUGGAAGAUUUUAUAAUUUUUCUUUUUUUCAAUACCCUGAAAGCAGCCUCACAGGUAGAGUUUCGGUUUAGAUGACUCGUUCCUGAAGGAAAAAACUCCUCCUUUAUCAGCCGUGCUCAGCCUUUCCUGGCUCGCUUCAGUAAUUCGCAAGGGAGAUGAGAGAGAGAAAUAGUUUCGACUUUAUCUUUAGGUCUUCAAAUUCCCGCUAAAAGAACAGUUAGAUUGACAGGCUGUUUUUAGGCUAGCUGAAACUUUUCAAAUAGCUUGGUGAAGUCAGUUUAGGUGAACAUUUACUUCGAGUUCAACUCCUGUCAACAGUCAGUUUGGAUUACUUUAAAUAUACUGUAUAUAUACAGUACUGGGCAAAUGUGAUAGGUACAUGUGAAAACUGGAAUUAUAAAAGUGUUUCUUUGUAAAAAAAAGUAAAAUACUAUUGAAAUACAAAAGUCUUUAGCAAAUUAGUGCUUAAAGUAAAUUAGUGAUUAAAACACUUACAAAGCUCUCCACAUGGUGGUCUAGUAUUAUUUAUAGUAAUAAUACUAGGUAAAUAUUUAUAGUAUUAUUGGAACUAUAUGAAAUUGAACAAAUCCAUGCAAUAAAGCACAAAAAAGAUUAAUCUAACAUUACAUUAAUGUUGCUGAUUGGAUCAUGACUAGAACCAAACUAGCUUAAAAAAAAAAUGCUUCCUGAUGAUAAAUUAUUGUCACAUUUGAUUCAAUACAUUGUUCCAAUGUGAUCUGGAGUUUUACAAGCAAACGUUUUAAUUAAUGUGCUUAGGUAUAAAAUACAGCUCUGGAAAAAAAAGAGACCAUUUAAGUUUCUGAAUCAGUUUCUCUGAUGUUGCUAUUUAUAGGUUUAUGAACGUUGUUGUUUUAUUUUAUGAACUACGGAAAACAUUUCUCCCAAAUUCCAAAUAAAAAUAUUGUCUUUUAGAGCAUUUAUUUGCAGAAAAUGAGAAAUGGCUGAAAUAAGUUUUAAGAGUUCAGAAAUUAAUAUUUGGUGGAAUGACCCUGGUUUUAAAUCACAGUUUUCAUGAAUUUUGGCAUGUUCUCCUCCACCAGUCUUACACACUGCUUUUGUAUAACUUUGUGCUACUCCUGGUGCAAAAAUACAAGCAGUUCAGCUUGGUUUGAUGGCUUGUGAUUAUCCAUCUUCCUUUUGAUUAUAUUGCAGAGCUUUUCAAUUUGGUAAAAUCAAAGAAACUUUAAAGUGGUUUCUUGUUUUUUUCAGAGCUGUAUUUGCACAGUACUGUAUAUAAUGUAUAAAAUGGAUACUGAACCUGUAGGAUGUAUUAAGCCUUGUUUUUCAAAAGGUUAUGUUUGCGGUAAGUUUAGGCAGCACAAAGUACACUGUUAAUUCCUAACAGUAAAGAAGCAAGACAGUUGUAAAUGGCUUGUGAAUGGCUGUAAAAUUAUUAUUUUUACAUUUUCAGCAGUUGGAGGGAAACGCUACACCCGUCACAGUACAUAGAGAUUUGCUCUUUUCAACCCGAAUGAAAAUUAAGUUUAUUUCUUUAAAAAAAAAAAAGUAGAAAACAAAGUCACUGAAGCCCGGGCUCAUUACUCUCCAGUCAGAGCUGGACGUCAGCACCGAGCUCACGCCAGCUGAAAUAAAUUGCAGAGAGCAGUGGGUGACUUUUAGAGAAGCGAUUAAGAAACAGAGCAUGCAAAUGUUAGUCUGAGCAGAGUCUGACUUGUAUUACAGAGCACACACUUCCCCUUAGCCCUGCUGUACAUAGAGAUUUUACACUGCAGGACGAGCUGCACUCUAUUUAUUUGAGUGUUUAUUUCUAACACUUACAAAACAUUACAUGAUAUCCACUCAAAUUUGUCUUUAAAUGCAUUUACUUUCAACAGUAAAUGUGUUGAUGCUAUUCAUGUGGAAGUGACAGCAGUAAAUUCAGUGCAGCACUCUGAUCAGUGUAUUCAGCAUCCCUUCAAAUUCCACUUGUUUAUAUAGCUGUUGGAUACAUGUGGAUAAGUGUGUGUUUUUUAAGAAUCCUGUUUCUUUGCCCGCUUUUCCUAUUCAUUGUAGCAAAUGUACAAAAUGUAUCAUAAAAGACUCAGAUUUCUGUAGCCAUUGGCUUCGUUUUUCAUACAAAAACUGACUAGCUCCAUAGAAUUACUAUUAGGGUGAACAUUAAACUCAACUGAAGCUCAUAGAAUGAACAUAUAGCUUUUACUAUAACACUCUGUCUGAUAUAAUUCCCACCCUCAAUUGUAAAAGAAAUACUGUUUAGUAAAUGACAACAUUUAAAAAUAUGCAGAUUUAGGCAAAUAUUUGCACUUUUAGAUGCUCUUUUUUAUUUUCCUUAUUAAAAAAGAAUAUAUGAGGAGAGAACCAAAUAGCUGUGAUGAGACCUGAUUCAAAGCUAAACUGGAGUUUUGCACAUGUCAAACACAGCAUAUCUAUUACAUAUCCAGCGGUUAAUAAAACAUACUUUUUAUCUUUUUAAGAGACACAACUGGAUUUAACUAUAAAUAAAUCUGGCAACAUUGUUUUGCUUUACUACUUAUAAAAUGUAAUUACAAAUGACAAAACAGUGACAUAGUUACAUAAUGAAAGCAUUUAUAGUCAUAUUCAAGAGCUUGGUACCCCUGUACAUGUUGUGUUGAUUUUUUACAUGGAAAAAUAAGUUUUAAUUUUCUUUAAUCACAAAUAAAGUUCAUUGAGGGUUCUUUAGAGAAGGCAAUAGUUCUACGGUUAGAGUUUUCUUCAAAUACAAAUUGAGCCUUUAAAAAAAAACUUUUCAGUAAUAUAUAUACUGUAGACCUUUUUUUUUUCUUAGUGUCUUCCUAAACAAAAAUGUAUUUAAAGGUUAUUUAGUAAAGGUAACAACAACAAAAGCCAUAACAAUUCAAAGACCCAUGUGUAUGAUUUAGUGGUAAGGUGGUCAAAAUCUAUUGUAUAAAUAAUUUAAUGGUAAUUUAAUGGUUUUAUAUAGCUCGAAAAAGAGUUCCACCGAUAAAGAACCAUGUUUUUGAGCUUGACAGACAUAUAGUAUAUAUAUAAAAAAUAAAUAAAUGCUUUUCUUAUAUGAUAAAAUAAAAUUGUGCCCUAAAAUGUAACAAAAGAAUAUUUUAGAAUAGUUUUUUUGUGUUUACAGAGGACAUAACUUAUUUACAAUAAGAAAAUCAACAUACGACUAUAGAUUAAGCAUUCUGUAAGGAAAUGCUUUUAAUGAUUUUUCAUAAAAAUGACAAAAAUCUAAUUCAAACCGUAAGAAAACUAAAGUGGAAUAAACUGAAAGUUGGAAAUCUGCACUUUCCUCACAGUUACUCUCCUUGUUUUUAGUGAACUCAGAGUCAGAAAUCAUUGCUAAUAGAAUCAGAGCAUACUUUUGUCACUGCUGGUGGUAACCGAGGUACAGGAUCCACCCCCCACAGAGUCCUGAGCUGACACAGACUGCCCCAGUGAUGGUCAGACCUGAGGGAGGGAGUGUGUGUCUGUGUGUGUGUGUGUCUGUGUGUGUGUGUGUUUUCCAGUGAUGUCACCCAGACAGCUCUGGGCCCCUGAGGCAGAUUCCCAUGUCCUUAUUCUUUCCCAGUGAGACCGAGUUCACAGCACUGAGUGAGCGGGCGAGAGACAGAGCCAGAGGUGGAGAAAAAGAAACAGAGAGAGAGAGAGAGACAGCUAAGGCACUGUAACAGUUAGACAGGCAAGAAUCAUCUCCUAUCUCUGCUCAUUCAAUACGUGUUGAGGUUAAUUACACCUAGCUGUGUAAUCUUAUCCAAUAUCUGUCCGAUAUCCAUAUCUGACAUGUUCAAUAUAGUUUGGUUCAGAUGUAUUCUCAGCCUGAGCAGAUUGUUUAAAAAAAAGGGUAUUUAUAUUAGGGCUGCACAAUAUAUCAUUUAAGCAUCAUCAUUGUGAUAUGCGCAUGUGCAAUAUUCACAUCACAGGAUUGCGAUGUCACCUAAGGCAAUUAAAUCAAACACGUCAUGUUGCAAUGUUUUGAUUCUUGACACAGGAAUUAGAUACACAGCGUUGUCUCUGUGUCUGUGUAAGUGACAGGCUGCUGCUGCCUGAGAAGCACAAGGAGGAGGGGAUGCGCGAGGGAGGGGGAGCGCAAGGGGUAAACAAGAGCAUGGCCUCCAUCCACAAGGUUGGGCACGUGCUUGUAAACACACGUGUUAAAAGCUGUGCACCUCAGUCCAGCACAGUUUUGCACAGAUAUUUCCAGUUACAGCUGAAUUCACGCUUUACAUCCCAGAAAAACGCUCUUAUUUACCUUUUAAAAAGCCAUUUAAAUGCCUAAUUAAAGGGCCGAUAACUGUUGUUUUGCUGUUUUUCUUGGGUUUUGAGUACUCAGCGCUGACUCAGCUCUUGAUUGGUCUAGAUGCGAGACAGCGCUUGGGUGGAGGGCGGGGCUGUUGACGUCAUAGACCCUGCAGUGUUUAAUAUCGCAAUAUAUAUCGUCGAAAAAAGAACAUUUGCAAUAUAAAAUUUUUCCAAUAUCGUGCAGCCCUAAAUCAUAUAAUUUUCUUAUUGUUGCACUAAAUUUAGUAGUUAAAGCAAGGCGAUAUAUAUAAAAGAGUGCAAACUCUUACACCAAAGGUAAUUUAAAAUAAAAUAUAUACAUAAAACUCAACACUUUAAACCUAUCCCAACCUGGCUUGUUUAUUAAAUGUCGUCUUUGGACAUGAAUAGGCUACAUUUAAAAUAUCGUAAAACUCUAAACUCUAAAAUUUAGAGUGAGGGUUGUUAUGAAAUGGCUCAUUGUAUAGAGACUUGCCAAUUUAGACUUGUUUACAGUGGUGGGGAUCUGAAACAGGGGUUGCCAUGUAACACAAAAAUAUAUAGUAAAUAGAUUUUGUCCUCGGAAUAAAAUUGUAUCCCACCACAAUAAAUGUUAAAAUAUAAGUCUUAUAAAUAACUAAAUAAAUAUUCUCAAAACUGUGGCAAAACAGUGUCUCAGGUAUCAGGCCUGAGUUUUUGAAAGGGAUUUUUUUUAUUUAAGUCUGGUUCCAUUAUUAAGCACUAUAUACAUUACUGAUUCUGUAAGUCUCUAUAGAAUGGAACACCUUACCCACUCUGAAUGACUCUACUGAUGCUUGAACAAUUUAAAAAAACAUGGAAGUUCCCAAUUUGCCUCAUCGUGCAAGUUUAGAAUAAAUAUAAGUAGAAUAGAAAUAAAAGUAUAUAUAUAAAUAUAUAUAUAUAUAUAUAUAUAUAUAUAUAUAUAUAUAUAUAUAUAUAUAUAUAUAUAUAUAUAUUUAUUCAUAAAAAAAUGCCCCCUAUGAGACUAUUUGUAUUACUCUUCUGUCUGUCAUCUGGUCCAAUAAGGAAUCAUACAUUACUGUAUAUUAGGAAUCUGCUUUUAUAUUCUGCCCUCAAACACCACACUGAACUCAUUUUCUAUUCAUAUAUUCACUUCAGCACUGUCACUGUCACACAUUUCUUCAAGUGUACAUACAAAUGAAAAAAGUCAUUGAUUCAACAGGCGUGAUUAAUUGUGCAUCAACACAAUUACGUGACUCUGUUUACCUCCUCUUCACAGUAAUUGUGUUGAUGUGCUGUACUUUAUUGAUGUGCAAAAUUAUGUGCACAUUUAAAUCAAUAUAUUCAGCACAUUAAUGCUUUCCAGUGCAGGGAAACUCAAUGCUGUUUAUUCCCGAUUAGUCACCCCCGUAACUUUAUACCCACUUAUAUCUAAUCUCUGAAGAGCUGGUGUGUAUUACAUUAUAUUUCCAGUGUUUUUUUUUUUUUUUAAAUGAACCAAAAUAGCACACUGAGCACACAAAGCCAAUAAAAUAAUGCAACCUAAACAAAAUAAGAAUAUAUAUUUUGACUUCUUCCUCUUUGGUCCUCCUCAUUUCUUGGGUGUACAAAAGCUUGUUUAUAUCUAUAUAUAAAUAAUAUAAAUAUGAACGGUUGUAAAGUAUUGUUUGUCUUAAUGCACUAUCAGGCAGUAGCACUUUCUGCCCAUAUGUAAUUCUCCCUAAACUGAUGAUGGGUUCUUUUGGUGUACAUCUUUCUUUUUUUUAUUUUUUAUUUUCUAAUUUCUUUGGAGUCCCCCCACUCUUCCCUAAUUCUGCUCUUCUUUUCCCAAAUGCAAGCUCCCAGUUCUUUGCUGUUGUGUGUUGUACAAUAAAUUGAGGUGCAAAGAAAAAAAAUACAACAUUUACUAAUGUAACCGUAAUAUCGGCCCAACUCGAUGAUGCAAAGUCAGUACGUUUUUAUGUGGAGGAAAACUGCUUUUGAGGACACGUAAUGUGCAUAAUGCUGUUUUAAGUCUAUGCUAAACAUGUUACACUAAUGCUGACUUGUACUGUAUGUUGAAUUUGUUAACACAAUGAACGUGCAAAUAAAAGGAAAAAUUGACCCACUA